AUGUCGUCGCCAUCCAAGGGGCGAUCAACCCGCAGCUCGCAGUCGGCCACUCCGAGCCGCAACCUGCGCAGUUCGCAACCUCGCAGCAGCCCUGCUCCCGGCCCCUCGACUGCUGCUGCCGCGCAGGACAAUGCCUCCGUCCGAGGCACCCCCCGGACCACGAGGGCAUCGCAGCUCGCCUCGAGCCCCAUGUUCUUCCAGUCCUCGCCCGCCGCUGCUAACCCCAGCGGCGCCUCGUCGCCUCUCCGCCAGAUGAGCAACACCCAGAGCACCAACGACCAGCCCAUGGGCGGCAUGCCCAGUUCGCCCUUGCGCCAGAUGACAGAUACACAGAGUACUGGUGACAGGACACCUCGGGCCAGCGGAGCGCUGAUCGGUGAAUCCUCCCCGAUUCGGUACGAGCCGUCAUCGAGUCCGGGACGGCAUCUGAACCCGCAGUCGGAUCUGCGGAGCGAGAGCAGCGGCCUCUUUGUCGAUGAUCGCUCCACCUCAGCCCGUUACAGGCGAGGUGAUAUCCACUCUGACAGUCUCUUGCGCACCCCUCGUGCCCCGAGGCGAGUUAUCCUCGACGACGCUGGCCGCGUUGUCAAGGAAGGCCCCGUCGACGGGUCCGAUGCCGCCUCCUUUUCCAACAACAACCCUGACACAUCCGAGGCCAGCAACCUCGGUGGCCAGAGCCAGAGCUUGAUCUGGGGUACCACAGUGUCUAUCGAUGACACUUUUGCCGCCUUCAAGGACUUUUUGCGGAAUUUCACACGCAAGUACCGCAUGUGGCUCGAUGGCAUGACCGAGGCCGACACACAGGAGGAUCCAGAUGCCGAAUCUCGCUCGUACUGGGAGGCCAUGGAGAACAUGUUGCUCCUCGGCGGCACGAGGCUCUACGUCGACGUCCGCGACCUCAAAGCCUACCCCAGGACGGUCAAACUCUGGCACCAGAUCCAAGCCUACCCCCAAGAAGUCGUGCCCAUCAUGGAUCAGUCUGUCCAUGACCUCAUGAUGGAGCUAGCGAGGAACGAGAUGUCCAAGCAGAGGACCUCACAGAGCACCGGCCCCUCGCAGCCGACCGCCUCUCAGAGCUCCGAGCCCGCCUUCCCCAGCUCUGAACGCAGUGAGGAGCCCUCGACCCCGCGGCCGGCCGCGGAGCCCCAAACCAAUCUGGAGGACCAGGUCAGCGAGACGCUGUACGUCGUCCGGCCCUACGGCCUGGACAAGACGACCAACUUGCGUGACCUGAACCCGUCUGAUAUGGACAGGCUCAUCUCCAUCAAGGGCCUGGUCAUCCGGACCACGCCUGUCAUCCCGGAUAUGAAGGACGCCUUCUUCAAGUGCAGCGUCUGCAACCACUCUGUCAACGUCAGCCUGGACCGCGGCAAGAUCCGGGAGCCGACAGAGUGCCCCCGGCCUCGCUGCGGCUCCAAGAACUCGAUGCAGAUCGUGCACAACCGCUGCUCCUUUGAGGACAAGCAGGUCAUCAAGCUGCAGGAGACUCCCGACGCCGUCCCAGCGGGCCAGACGCCGCACUCGGUUUCGGUCUGCGUUUACAACGAGCUCGUGGACUUCUGCAAGGCCGGUGAUCGCGUCCAGCUCACCGGAAUCUUCCGCGUCAGCCCCGUCCGUGUGAACCCCCGGCAGAGGGCCGUCAAGAGCGUCCACAAGACCUAUGUCGAUGUUCUGCACGUGCAAAAGGUCGACAGCAAGCGCAUGGGUGUCGACCCGUCUACCCUGGACCUCGAAGAGGACGAGGAUUCGCAGACCCAGGCCAACACCACCGGCAUGGAGGAGACCAAGAAGAUCUCGCCCGAGGAGGAGGAGAAGAUCAAGGCAACCGCCGCCCGGUCCGACAUCUACGACCUCCUUUCGCGCUCCCUGGCCCCUUCCAUCUACGAGCUCGACGAUGUCAAGAAGGGCAUUCUCCUCCAGCUUUUUGGUGGCACCAACAAGACCUUCCAGAAGGGCGGCAGCCCCAAGUAUCGUGGCGACAUCAACGUGCUCUUGUGCGGUGACCCCUCAACGUCCAAAUCGCAGCUCCUGAACUACGUCCACAAGAUUGCCCCUCGUGGUAUUUACACCAGCGGUAAGGGUUCCUCUGCCGUCGGUCUGACGGCCUACGUUACGCGUGAUCCCGAGACGAGGCAGCUCGUGCUCGAGUCCGGCGCCCUCGUCCUGUCCGAUGGCGGUGUGUGCUGCAUCGACGAGUUCGACAAGAUGUCCGAGUCCACGCGUUCCGUGCUUCACGAAGUCAUGGAGCAGCAGACCGUCUCAGUGGCCAAAGCCGGUAUUAUCACCACCCUGAACGCCAGGACCAGCAUUCUCGCGUCGGCCAAUCCCAUUGGCAGUCGCUACAACCCUGACCUGCCGGUUCCGCAGAACAUUGACCUGCCGCCCACGCUGCUGUCCCGUUUCGACCUGGUCUACCUCAUCCUCGAUCGCGUCGACGAGAAGAACGACCGCCGCUUGGCGAAGCAUCUCCUAUCGAUGUACCUCGAGGACAACCCGCACUCUGCCAACUCGAACAACGAGGUCCUGCCUGUCGAGUUCCUCACGUCGUACAUCUCGUACGCCCGCGCCAACGUCCACCCGACGCUCUCGCAGGAGGCCGGGCAGGAGCUCGUCGAGGCGUACAUCGAGAUGCGCAAGCUGGGCCAGGACGUGCGCGCCGCCGAGAAGCGCAUCACGGCCACGACGCGGCAGCUCGAGUCCAUGAUCCGCCUCGCCGAGGCGCACGCCAAGAUGCGCCUCGCGCCGACCGUCACGCGCGACGACGUCCGCGAGGCCAACCGCCUCAUCAAGUCGGCGCUCAAGACGGCCGCCACCGACGCCCAGGGCCGCAUCGACAUGUCCCUGCUGACCGAGGGCACGAGCGCCGCCGAGCGCAAGCGCCGCGCCGACCUCAAGGACGCCGUGCUGCGCCUGCUCGACGACAUGACGGCCGGCGGGCAGGUCGUCAAGUACGCCGAGGUCGGGCGCCGCGUGGCCGAGGGCGCGGGCGUGGCGCUCGAGCCGGCCGAGUUUGCCGAGUGCAUGCGCGCGCUCGAGAUGGACGGCUCCGUCACCAUCAGCGGCGAGGGGGCGCGCAAGAGCGUCCGGAGGGUCACGGCCGUGGUCUAG